AUGGCCUUGAACCCCAACGAUAGUCUGAGAAGGAUGAUCAACAAUGGGAUGCAGAAAGGAGGGCCCAAAUACUUCUUUCCAACGUCAAAGUUGGAAGAGGUCCUUGAUCGGAAACGUAUCGAGGCCACCCUAGAGGGCGUCCGCCUACAACUACCAGCUCAGAAACAAAUUGUAUCGAAGCUAACCGACUUCGUCACAGAGAGAGCAUCUCCUAUUUUUGCAGGCUUUGAUCAGGAGAAGCUGCCGAUACGGUACAACUUUCGCCAGGAUAAUACACUAGACUUUAUUAUUGGCGGGGAUGUUGGUGGGAGGGAAAUCGACGCCAUGUUCCGUGGGAAGGGUCUAAUGUGGGACGAGCGAGAUGUUGAAGAGUUUUGUAAAGAUAGACAGUGGGAAUUUACAGCUCCGACCUUUCAAAAGGCGAGGUUCAGGUAUGACUUCGCGGCCGGGACGGCCUUACCGUUCACAACACCCCCCGAAGAGCUUGGUUCGGGGGGAUCUGGGCGGGUGGAGAAGGUCACUAUCCACCGAGACCACAUCGACCACACCACGCUGCCUCUUUGCCAGAGAUCCUCCUUGGGCGAAAAGACGGAUCCCGUCAUUGCACUCAAGACGUUGCAAGGUGGCACUCCUGAGGACCGGGAAAAGGCCGCGGAGAAGGAGGCCCGCAACCUUGAAGCUGUGCGCAAGCUCGAAAGCGACAACCUGAUAAAGGCGAUUGCAUACUACCGCAUUGGCAAGUCUCACUGUUUUCUAUUUCCCAUAGCGGAAAAUGGGAAUCUUUGGCAUUUCUGGGCGGCGAGAAUAAAGGAAAAGGAGGAGGGCCAGAGCCACCGAGGGGACAAUAACUUUCUUGUUUGGGUCUUCACGCAGCUCGUCGGACUUGCCGACUCACUGGUUGAGCUGCACGGGGAGGUCCCAAACAUUCGCCACGGCGAUCUGAAGCCCGAGAAUAUCCUCUGCUUCCAGGAUGGUAGCUGCGCCGUUACCCGGGAUGCAAGCAAGCCGGCUGGACCGUCCAUCCGACUGGUCAUCACCGACGUCGGAAUUGCAAAGAGGCACAAGGGCCCAACCCAGCAACGUGCCGUAACCUCGACCGUGGUAUCAACUACCCGAUACGAGCCCCCCGAAAUGAGUCAGACCAGGAAAGGCCCAAUCCACUCAAAACUGUCACGACGUUACGACGUGUGGUCACUGGGGUGCAUUUUACUUGAGUUCCUGAUCUGGCUGCUAUACGACUUCGAGGGACUGCAUGAUUUUACCACCGCCUUGGAAGAUCGUUUCUACCAGUCCGACAAGAAAGGCACUCAUAUUCAUCCCAUUGUUUCCCAGUGGGUCAAGAAGAUUAAAAAUGACCAGAAUUGCCGAGAGGAAUCGCCAUUUCGGGACCUGGUCACCUUGAUCGAGGAAAGGCUCCUGGUAGUGAAGGUCGAAACCCUACCAGGGACUCUAUCAGAGGCAACGGAGAGCCACCGGCACACAGCCCAACGAUUUCGGAAGAUCCUGCUACGCAAAACACAACAUACCACGGACAAAAUCGCCGAGAUUAUGGGACGCCGUCGUGUCUCGGCGAAAGAUAUGAGAGAGGAGCUGGAGAGGAUCCUUGAGGAUAUAAAGCAGCAGAGAUUUGAGAUCAAAAGGGCGAGUCGCUAA